CUGGUGCAGAGAAGUGCACAAGUUUUGACGUAUUAACUGAAUUAUUAUUAACUUAUUAACUCGCCUGCUAGAGAAGUGUAGCCUGCAGUUAGACGUGUUGUGGAGUGAGAAGUUCCUCCCACAGGAAACUCAGUGACUAGAGCAGCUCGAGUUUCACCAGAGAGGAGGUGACAAGAAACAAACAAGUCCACAACUGUCAAGCUGCCCUGUGCCAUGACGUCCUUUUUCCUCCUCCUGCUCUUCUUCCUCGUGGGGAUGUGUGAUGUUCAAGGGGCUUCAGAUUUUAGAAUCUGUGCCUUCAACCUCCAACACUUUGGAGAAUCCAAGUCCAAGAAGAGUGAUGUCAUGUAUACUAUUACCAGGAUCAUCUCCCGCUGUGACGUGUGUUUGCUUCAGGAAGUGAGAGACAGCAAAGAAAAAGCUUUACCACAACUGAUCAGCCAACUUAACAGGUAUGACAAACAACACCAGUAUGCUUCUGUGGCCAGUGAGAGACUGGGCAGAUCUGCCUCGUACCAGGAGCAGUAUGUGUUUGUUUACAGGACUGAUACAGUGACAGUCACUGGUCAGUAUCAGUACCCAGAUGACCGACCAGGUGAUGUUGAUGCCUUUUCACGAGAGCCUUUUGUUGUCCGCUUCCGAGCCCCAAAGACUGCCAUAAAGGAGUUUGUCCUCAUACCUCAGCACACCACUCCAACCAACACCACUAAAGAACUUGAUGCACUGUAUGAUGUUUUGCAAGAUGUGAAGAGGAUGUGGAGAACUGAGAAUGUGAUGCUUCUUGGGGACUUCAACGCUGACUGUGGUUACCUCGCUAAGAAGAACAGGAAGAAUGUGCGCCUGAUUACAGAGAAGAAUCUCGUUUGGCUCAUUCCAGAAAAGACCGACACCACUGUGCGAUCGAGCACCUCCUGCACCUACGACAGGAUCGUUGUGAAUGGGGAAACGUUUGCCAGAGCUGUUGUUCCUUCUUCCGCCGGCCCAUUCAAUUUCCAAAUGGAAUAUCGACUCACAGAGGAACAGGCGCUGGAGGUCAGUGACCAUUACCCCGUGCAGGUCCUGCUGAAGAACAAGGCCUUUAGUGAGAAAAUAUCAAAGUUCCUUUUCUUGUUUGUCCUCGGCCACCUUGCCUUCCAGAUGUUAACAACGUAGCAUAAUGAUAAACCCAUGUGGAUUUUUGCUAUCAUGGACAAUCUCAGGGAGGCUCACUUCACUAACCAAUGAGAAUUUUGUGAUUCUGCAAUGUGUGGAGUCCAAACUGCCAAAUAUCAAAAAACAA